AUGACAAGAUUAAAUAGGAAACAGAAAAGGAGAAGAGAAGAGCAAGAGGGAUUGAUGGCAUUACAGGCCUUUAUGAACGCUGUCAUUGGUGUUUUUCGUUUGUUCAUGUUCAUCACGUCCACGUUUCGCCCUCGUCGUCCGGAGUUGUCUCCGAAUCCAGACUUUUACCAGACGCACGUAAACAACAUCAAUAGGCUUGUAAGGGGUAAUGACACGGAUUGCCAUGAACAGUUAAGGGUGAAUAGACAAACUUUUUUGAGAUUGUGUUGUUUAGUCCGAGGUGUUGGGUUAACCGACUCACGCAAUGUAUGUCUCGAGGAGAGGGUAGCAAUAUUCUUAUGGGUCCUCGGUCACCAUACGAAGCAGAUGCGUACAAAAUUUGUAUUCUAUAGGUCUACUGAGACAAUAAGUAGGCAUUUUAAUGCUGUACUCCAAGCUGUCUUGCGCCUUCACCGAAUGCUCUUAGAGACGCCCAACCCUGUACCUGCUAACUACGAAGACAAUAGGUGGAAUUGGUUUCAGAAUUGUCUUGGGGCCUUGGAUGGGACGUACGUGCCAGUAAAUCCCCCGGCCGCGGACAGGCCACGAUAUAGGUCGAGGAAAGGUGAGAUUGCUACAAAUGUCUUAGGUGUUUAUACCCGGGACCUUAAAUUUGACUAUGUAUUAUCUGGUUGGGAAGGAUCAGUCACAGACUCUAGAAUCCUUGGAAACGCCAUGGAAAGACCCCACGGUCUUAGAGUUCCCCGUGGACAAUAUUACCUUGUUGAUGCCGGCUACACCAAUGGCAACGGUUUUUUAGCACCAUACCGUGGACAAUGA